ACUUCUUUGUCAGUCAAAUACUUUUCUUCUGUUUCGAAACACACACAAAAAUAACAAUAAAAUGCCUUGCACGGUAUACGACAUAAGCGGCGGAUCGUCGCGCUUCCGACCGGUCGUACGCAUCGGCAACUGGUUCGAGGAAAACUGCCUCGAGGAGGACAAAGUGCGCAGCUUCAAGAACAAGCGCGAUAGGGGCGAACUUCUGGUGGAGAAGGCUCGCAUACUCUACGACAACUUCCACAAGGAGAUCGUCCUGGCAGCGCCAAAGGAAAAUGUCAUCUUUGGAGCAGUCGUCCAGCUGAUGCCCAUUGCCAUGAACAUCGCGAAUAUGAACACGGCCGACCUGAACCUCGCCCUUUCGGUGGUGAUCAACGAGCGGGUGGUGCGUCACAGCCAGAACAUCAACGAUGACUGCGAGCUGACGGUGGCUCCCUCCACCCGGGCCUGUCUACGCAACUCGUUCCGCAUCGUCAGUGGCGACGAGCACGACCGCACGGGACAGGACAUAAAGUACGGGCAGCGCUUCCGACUGGAGUGCAUGGAAUCGGGCAGUGAUCCCAUCAUGCUGUACAGUGCCCCCAAGAAGGUCAACCUCAACCAGUCCAUCGAUGCGACACACCAGUCCCAUAAGAACGGCGAGCUCAAUUUUCCCCUGGGUCUUGUGCAUCGCAGUCGCUGUGGCUGUCCGGGUGGUGACCUGCCGAUGGCCUUUACCAACUGGUUCUGCAUUCACGUCGAUCGUGACAGGCGCUUCGAGAGCGAGGGCGAAAACAUACCCAGCAAUGCACCAAUGGUGAUUGUCCAUGCGGCUACCAACCGCAAUCUGGCCGCCGAGAAUGUGGUCAUCCAGACGCUGUUCGGCCCGGAGUUCCUGGUGUCCGUGCAGAACUAUCGCAACAUCUACAAGCGAGAGCUCUGGAAGAACGUGUGGAUGAUCAGCAACGGCCACCAGGCAGGCCACAUCAGCAAGAAGACCUAAACCACAAAUUUUUUGUCCCAGCAAACACGAGCGAGUUACGCAUUAAAUAAAGGUCGCUGCAAUUAA